AUGGUUCUGCAUCCUGGGAUACAGCACAUCAGCUUCACGGGCACCAUUGCUGUCGGCCAGCGAAUCUUUCAGAACUGUGCCAAGACCUUGAAGAAGGUCGUCCUAGAACUGGCGGGCAACAACGCCUGCAUCAUCUGCGAAGACGUCGACCUGGCCAAAGUCGUGCCCAGUGUUGCGGCUGGGUGCUUCUUCCACGCGGGCCAGGUCUGCGUGGCCUCGAAGCGCAUAUAUGUCCAUGAGUCGUUGUACGACCGCUUUCUGGACAUGUUCAUUGAAGAGUCCAGGAAAUAUGCGAUCAGCGACGAUGAGUCUAACCUCUUCUCGCCCCUGUCCAACAAGAUAGUCGCUGGUGGAGAGGUUCAGUCUGGCAAGAAGGCGUAUCGGAUCGCGCCGACCAUCGUAUCGAAGCCGCCUGAAGACUCUCUGUUGGUGCGAGAGGAGCAGUUCAGCCCCAUUGCGCCCAUCAUGUCGUGGACUGAUGAAGCGGCCGUCAUCGCCCGUUCCAAUCUCGACAAUGCUGGCCUCGGCGCAUCCGUCUACACACCCGAUAUCAAUCGCGCCCAAAAGAUCGCGCGAUCACUCGAGUGUGGAUCCGUCUGGAUCAACCGAUUCGAAAGGCCCCAUCACGGUGCAUAUUUCGGUGGAUGGAAGAUGAGCGGUUACGGCGGAGAGAUGGGUAGGCAGGGUCUGUACAAUUACUGCCAGACGCAAAGCUUGCAUAUUCAUGAGUAG